GUGCGAUACCGCCUCCCCGUUCCCCUGCUUUUUCUCGCCGUCAUCUCAUCAUCGCCGCCUUGAGUCCGCAUCUCGUCUCAUCAUCUCGUGUUUGCGCCCCUAUCUCCGUGAGUGCUACGAGGCUCUCCCGUCACGGGCCCAACCGGGCGACCAUCGAACAACCUCAAACCCUCCUGUGUCCCUGUUCCCACAGAUUCCAGGCUCCAGCUCCAUUUCGUGAUAGCUUUAGUCCGACAUUUGCGAUAGCUUGCAAAUCAGCGCUUCCCACCAUUGUCCCAUCCGAUCGCCAGCAGCCGCACGCCGCGAUAACAUUCUCCCUGCGACACGUCGAGCGAAAAGCCCUUUUUGUUUCGUUUCAAAAGCAAGCUCUUUCCCAGCAGCAGCUUGUCAUUUCCGAACCUGAACGACCACGACCGUCAACUGUCGCUCAGCAGGGCCCCUCACAUUCCGAGUCCAGCUCUCAUCGCGCGGCCUCCUCGUAUCGCAGCCAUGACUCGACUACUACCAGUACUACUCCUCCUCGCCGCCCUCUCAGGCGCCCACUCCAUUGCGUCGUCGGGGUCGGCGUCGCUCCCGGACGGCGCCACGUGCUACCUCGACAGCGCGCGGCGGCCCGUGUAUCCCUUCUGCCGCAGCAACAAGCGCAACUGCGUGGUCACUCAAGUGCCCUCAGCGUCGCAGGCGAAGUACGUCGGCCGAUGCGACUCCACCUACACCAAGGGCUCCUUCUGCCGCUAUGCCGGCACGCCAUACGCGCUUGGCACCAAGGGCAUCGAGGGCAACGCUCUCUGCAAGACGUGCGACUGCACAUAUAGAAGGAAGAUGCCCGGACCCAACCGGGCAGUCUGCACCUGCUCCUCGCUGCCCGCCUGCUACGUCGACUACAACGGGCAGCCCGUGGGAAAAUUCAGCUGCCCAGAAGAGCAAAACAUGUGCGUGAUCACCAAGAUAGGGGGAGGCGGCAAGGACAAGAAGGGGCUGCCCAUAGACAAAGGCGUGUGUGUGUUCUCUGGCAUCCAGGGUAUCUGCGGAGCAGCGGGCCCCAACUGGGGACCUAAAUUCUACAUGGCAGGGAUCAAGGGAAUGCCCAAGCCUGGGGAUAGGUGCUCGCAGUGCACGUGCGGGGCCACCGGGGGGCUGCUCAACUGCAAGCGACUGGCCAACUGCAAGACGCCCCAGAGCUUCGGGAGUGCUGCUGAGCUGGCCAUUGUGCUGCAAAAUGUGUAGCAGCAGCAGUAACAGUGGCUGUAGCAGCAGCUGCAGCAAGAGGGAGUGCACAGUGGGGAGGGGGCUGCUGAGCUGAGCUGCCCAUUGUGCUGCAGAACGAUUGAGCCAUGACUGUGGCAGGGCUCUGGCAGUGGCAGCAGUAUCCCCAGCUGUAGCAGCUGUAGCAGCUGUAGUAGAUAGAUCCUGUUGCACGGCAAGGGGGAUGAUCCGAUCAUCGGAGGGAGCCAGGCUUUGGUCAGUCUAGCCUGACAUGGUGUGGCUUCCUUGUGUGUAUGUGCCUGCUUUCAAUAAAGGUGCUCUUGGUUC